ACAAAGUAACAUUCUGGUUGGCGAAAAAAAAUGUCCACACUGGACACAACUCUAGCACCAAAUACGCUGCUUUUCGACUCGAAGGUGUGCCGUUUGUGUGGCGAAAGCAACGAAAAUGGACGACCAUUGUUUCGGGAAAGUGAUGCCAGUGGUGAAUGUGAGGUUAGCCGGCUGAUUAAUCAGUACCUGCCGGUGAAGGUGCACAACGAUGGUGUUUUACCGCGCUGGAUAUGUCCCGGGUGUCACAUCCAGCUCGAAUCGACGGCACAAUUCUUCGAGAUGAUCAUGAAGGGUCAGCGGCAGAUCGAGCUGCUGCGGGAGAAGCAGCAGCAGCAAACGGUGGACGAGAAGAGUGGCAGUGCACGUGUGGAAGAUAUUGGCCAGCAGCUGUACGAUAUUAUGGAUCCGGAGUGGAAUGAGCUGUUUGCGAAACCGGGCAUGAUAAGUGCCGAUAAGGAGAGUUUGCUCGUACCGUUGGAACUGUUCGAACUGGAAGAUUUGCUGAAACCGAUCGAAUCUGCAACGAACCUAGGAGCACCAGAAGCAGCACCAAUGACAGAAAGCUCCACAGGGAAGGUGGAAAACGAAACUGUACCUGUGACAAAGCCAGCCGAACCAAUAGAAGCAGUGGAAAAAGUGGAAGAAAAAGAUUGGAUUGUAAAAUCGGAAGUGACGGCCACAACUCGUGGCCGGGUGAUUGGUUUCGUCCAUCACAACCACAGCAAAACGGACAUCGGCAAUCUGGUGCUGGUGGAAGAUGCCAAAGGGAAGAAGAAAAUAAGUGCCCAGUUCGUGUGUGACAUUUGUAGCGAAAGUUUUGCCCGGGAACCAAGGUACCUGAAGCACCGGAAAACACACAGUAUUCUGUUCGAAUGUUCCGUGUGUUUGCUGAAAUUUGGCUCGAAUGGAAAGCUGCUGGUGCAUCAGCAACAAACGCUCCACAAUGGGAAAGGUAUGGUGGAAGGCUUACAGCUACCGGGCGACAGUGGUUCGAAGCGUAAGGGAGAAAGGGAACAUUCCGGGACGGGGAAGAAUGGUAGCGAUGACCAAGGGGAACCACCGAAAGCAGACAAUGUGUACGCGUGCGAUAGUUGUGAUAAUACCUUUGCUGGGUUAAACACCGUGCUGGCGCACGAGGAAGCGGUUCACGCACACGAUAACCAUUCGUUCGUUUGUAUCGAGUGUGGGAAAGCGUUCCGGGAGAAGAAUCUGCUUCAUCGGCACCGUCAAACGCACGUCCAGGAUCGUACGCACCGGUGUACGGUGUGUGAGGCGGCCUUUAAAACACGUUCCACCCUGACGAAGCAUGCCCGUUCGCACGAGGACACAAAACGCUACCGGUGCACGCUGUGCGAGCAACAGUUCGCUUACAAAUCCGGCUUCGAUAAGCACCUGGAUUGGCAUAAUGGAGUGAAACGGUUCGAGUGCGAACACUGCUCGAAACGUUUUUCGCAGCGCGGAAAUUUGAAAGAGCACCAGCGUGUCCAUUCCGGAGAUAAGCCGUUCCAGUGUGGUGUGUGUGAGGCACGGUUUGGAACCAGCUCCCAGCACAAGGCGCACGUAAAGCGGCACGAAAAUGUGCGCCCGUACGAGUGUGAUAUGUGCGAGAAGUCGUUCAUUUUGCGUGAACAUUACAACACCCAUCUGCGGCGGCAUCGGAACGAGAAACCGUUUGCUUGCGGGGAUUGUCCCCGUUCGUUCGUGGAGCGUUGGGCACUGACGAAACACUUGCGGACCCACACGCAGGAAAAACCGUACAGCUGUAAGCAUUGUGGGAAAUCGUUUUCCGACCCAUCGAAUCUUUCGCGCCAUGUUAGCUCGGUACACGAGAAGAAGCAGAAAGAUCAAAAGGAGGUGUUGGCAAGUGUGGCAAGUGAUGGAACGCUUUUCGACGUACCCGGUGGGGAAGGGUCGAACGGGAUCGGUGAUGAAACACUCGCUGGGGAAGGAAUGUUGACACUCGAUGGAGCGAUCUACAUGGAGCAAAACUAG